AUGAAACCCACAGCUUACGACCACCCGACCAAUCCAAAUCUUCAGGUUUGGGAUUUGCCUGGAAUAGGAACGUCAACCUUCACGCGGGAGAACUACUUGCAAAAAGUAAAAUUAAGUCAGUUUGACUUUGUUUUGCUCCUGUCAUCUACGCGGUUUAAGGAAAAUGACAUUUUUCUCGCAAAGGAAAUUCUUAAGUUGAAGCCAAAUUUUAACUUGUUCUUCGUACGAACAAAGAUCGACGCUGAUCUUCGCAUUUUUCAAAAAUCACGACGCAAACAUCCGACCGCCAAAGAUAUGCAUGUAUUGCAGCAGAAAGUCAGAGACAAUGCAAGGGUCAGUCUUGAGAAAGGCGGGAUAUUCAAUGCAAACAUAUAUCUUGUUGACAACUAUGACACUAAAGCUUUUGAUUUUGGUACAAUAUUUUCGAAACUGAUCCAAAAGAGCUCCCAUCUUAAAAGGGAAGCAAUGAUCAUGUCAUUGUCUGGGGUCACAAACGAAGUUGUUCAAAAGAAGCUCGCUAUUUUGAAAAGUAGAAUAAGCUUGGUUUCUAAAACUGCAGCAGUGGCGACAGUCUUUGCAAAAUCGGACACAAACAAGUAUCCGGCAGAAAUAAAGGUCUUGCUUGAGGAGUGCAGAUUUUAUCGUUCGCAGCUAGGACUCAAUUUAGAAUCGCUUCAAUUCAUCGCAAAACAUCUUGACAUUGAGUUCGAAGAAUUGCUCGUCAAGUUGUCAAUGCAAUCAUACAUAUAUGUAAAUUCCGAGGACAGGUUUGCCACGUAUUAUACAGGGUUUAACAAAGUUGAACCAAGAAUUUGGCAUUCACUGCCACUUUUAGGAAACAUGUUGAAGGUGAAACCUUACCAGAAGCAAUGUGCUUUUGUAAUGAAAUCAUUCCUUGACAUAUGUGCAAAAGAAACACAUGACCUACAGAUGCACAUGACCAUGGCUUUAGAGGGAUCUUAA